AAACACAUAUUAAAGAUUCAAAAAAAACAUAGAGAUUUAAAGUAAUGAGCUCUGGUUGCAAUCCUAAGGCUUUGGCCAUGUUGGCUCUAUUGAAAUUUUCUUUUUCAGAAUUGUGACACUAAAAGACUUCAGAAUGCCAGGUGCUGUAUUAGAACGCCCUAAACUGACCAAGACUAUGUAUACAGCACUGAAAAAACAUAUUAUGAAAGAAAGAGAGAAAAAGAAACAAGAAUUAGAACAGGAUGAGCAAUUAGAAAGAAUGAGAAAGGAACAGGAAUUAAGGAAGAAAAAAGAAAAGGAAGAUAGUUUAACAUUAGAACAGACAAAGGAACAAUUACAAAACAUGGAAAAGAAGUUGGAAACUCUAAAAGCAGAAAAACAUGAGUUAUUUUCACAGCUAAAGAAAGUUUUACAUCAGGAGGAUGAAACCAGGAAAAGGGCACAGAUUAAAGAGCAACAAAAUGAAAUGUUGAAUAUCCAACAAGCUUAUCAAACUCACAUUCCUGUGUCAAGUCAUUCAAUGUUGCAAAUGCAGUCUGGGAGACCAACUCUUUAUAGACCUCAACAACCAAUGAUUCCUCAAAUGCAGAUGAAGAGACCACACAGUCCAUCUCCCCCACCAACUUCAGUGUAUCAACAGUACACUGAGUCUAAAAUGAUGCAAGCAACAAUGCAACCAACAGCACCCAAGCAACACAGUCCUUAUCCUCACCAUGCACAGGCCGAUUAUAAGACAAGUUCCUAUCCUGGACACACCCCUUCAAGUCAGGUGACAUACACCAGUAAACCCUCUGUUCAUGCUUACCAACAACAACAACAACAGGCAGCAGUUUACACUGGAAAUAAAUCUCCCGGUAAAAGUUACCCAGCAUCACAGUCAGCAUUCACAUCAUAUCCUAACCACUACGCCCACCAGCAACAGAAACAGAUCCCUGAAUCUUACCCUGGAUAUCCCAGGAUGCAACAGCCGCCAACUGGAUAUAUGGGCCAAACACUACAGCAACAGUUAGAGCAUGCCAAUCAGAAAGCUGGUUUUAAUGAAGAAAACAAGUAUAAACUUCAACAGCAACAACAGAUUAGAGGAGUUGCACCAAUAUCAGCCCAGACUCCCCAGGCAUUAUUACACCAACAAAUACAGUUACAACAGCAGCAGCCCCAGCAAAAGGGCAGCAUAGUGACAGGAUACUCAGCCAGAGGUCAGGCUCCACCCCAAUCUACUGCUUAUCAACAGUCUCAACAGAACUAUUCCCCACAACAAGCGUCCCAAGUUAGAAUGUCUACUCAGAUGACAGGUCAACCAAUGACAGGCCAGCCAAUGACUGCUCAACCAAUGACAGGACAACCAAUGACUGCUCAGCCAAUGACAGGUCAACCGAUGACAGCUCAGCCUAUGACUGGUCAACCAAUGACGGCACAGCCAAUGACUGGACAACCUAUGACAGCCCAGCCAAUGGGAGGACAGCAUGGUGGGAGACAAUAUUUUUAAGAAGAUACUGUAUAGCUGAUUAGAACUGGUUUUCUUUGUUGUUAAAAUGUGCUGUAAAUAACUGAUUAUCUCCCCCUGAUUUGGUUAUACGAAGUAUCCAAAUUAGCAAUCAGCAUUGUUAAUUUGUUGUUUUGUUAUUGUGGCUAAGAAGUUUAUGUUUUUAUGGAACAUGUAUAUGAUGUGUUUACUUAUUGUAAAGUGAGGAUUACAAAUGUUUUUGAAGAAUUUUUUAGUUCACAGAAGAGAAAAGGUUGAUUAUGUUAAAAAAAAAUCCAAGAGAUAAGAGAAUACAGUGUCCCCUGCCUAAUCCAACAUCCGGUUUUAACCGACACAUAAUCAUGGUCCCAAAAUAUGCAUAUCCUUGCGUAAGAAAACUGAGUACUCUGACACCUAACAUUACAUAGGUUACACUUUACUGAGUGUACUCGAUUACUUCUGAUUGUACAACCUGAUAGUUUUCUGUAUGAGAUUUUUGAAAAACAUUAUAGGAUUCAGUGUACUACAUAUUGUAAUAGUUGGGAUUGGAUAUUGUAAGAAAAUUUUAAAUGUCUGACUUUUGGUUUUCCACUUGGAAAACUCAAGUGCAACUAUGGAAAAUUUCUCUCUGUCCUCUCAAUAUUCAAUUUUUAGUUAGCUUAAAUUAAAAAAAAACAUGUUAUUUCAAAGAAGGCUGGGUCUUCAAAGAGUUGGUGCAUUUUAUUUUGUAUCUAAGUUUAUGUGAUAUUUGGUUUUUCUCCCCUUUACUACUGACUUUUCAACAAUGUCACUUUAUUUCAUAAAUGGGACUCAGUUUGUAAAACUCAAACACUAAGAAUUUUUAAUGGUAAAGUAAAUUAAAAAAAAAAUUAAAAAAAAGUAUAUGUGUUUACUUAAAUUAGAUUUGCACUCAAUUGAUAAACAGGGACCCAGGAAACUUAUAUAAUUUAUCUACAGUUUAUGAUCAGCAUGUUACAUUGUCAUAUUGGAAAUAUAUUGUUCUCACAAUUUUACAGAGGUAAUCAUUUUCAACUGUAUUCUGGGGGGAAAAGAGCCUUCUGAUAUAUUGUGCUAUAAAUUGGGAAUGAAAAUAAGUCUAAUAUUUUGUUAUUUUCACUGUAUUUUACAUAUUUUAAUUAUUAUUAUCUACAAGUAUCAUGUGCUUAAAGAAAUAUAAUAGAAAAAGUGUGGUGUAUCUUGUUAAAUGUAUACAAUGUUUUAAUUAAACAUGAGUUAUGAGAAAAAAAAUUGUUGUUUUUAACAUAACAAAAAUAGACAUAUAACAUGUUUAAAGAGAUAAACCAGCAACAAACGACAACGGCUGAAUUUAAGAUUUAAUUUUCUCCUCAUAUUGCUUCUAAAACUAAACUAAAAUAAAAUCAUUCCUCAUAAACAUAAUUGUUUGACACACACAUGCUGAUAAGUAAAGUACAGCUAAUCCUUUGCCCUUAAGAGAUAUUAUUUUGUGUAUAUCUCCAUGUUUUGAAAAGAUUGCUCAUGUAAUGGUUAUUUCUUCCUCUGUGAUAUUUCAUAAGGUGUAGAAUUUGUCCCAGUAAAUUUUUUCCAGACAUGUAUAGUACAUGUAUAUACAGAUUGAUUUGUCCGGUGGAGUGAAAUUCUAUCCCUCUUAUAGGGAUAGUAUUGAACAGUAUAUCUUUUCCGCUCCAUGUACUUGCAAUCAAUAUACACCUGACCAUAGUGAUAAAUGUGUCACAAAGGUAGAACAUAUUUGCAUAAUUUAACAAUCAAAGGGAGGUAGUUAUGACCUAUUUUCAUUUUACAAACAUUAUCAUGAUUAUAUUUCAGAAUCAAUUUCAUAGUGAAAUUGUUCCUUUAUUUAAAUUUUUUAUAUUCAUUCAUAUGAAAGACGACUUAAAUGAAAAAUUGAUAUGACUGAAAAUAUUUCACUAGUAAAUACGCUACAGCUAUUGAAACUGGUCCUAUAUAUUGUGCUGUUAUGAAUACUUUGAUUUUGUCACAUCAACAAUUCCAAACUGAUAUUCUUUUUCUCUAAUUCUUCGUCAAUUUAUCCUUUCUGCACCCAUUGUAUUAAAAAAAAAAUUGAUCAACGUGUGGUUUGUUUGAUCUCAGUACUUCAUUGAUUAAAAUCUGAUUAUAACGUUGAAUUUUCUUGCUUUCCUCUGAAAUUCCUACUGGCAUGAAGAAAGGCGACCAUGUCUGAUGACGUCACAUAGAAAGAACACAUCUUUUUGCAGAUCAUUCAAAAAGAAGGAAUAAGUUUGCCUGCAUAAUGUUAGAAAAUCAUUAGAGAAACAGAUUUCACCACCAAAUUUUGUGUAAUACGGUAUUUAUCCA